AUGUUCGCAAAGCUAACUUUUUUGUUUCGUUUACUAAUGCUGUCAUUAAUAAUAGAAGAGAUUACUUCUCGGGUGGAGAUUACUAACUUAAAGUGUAAGACCGUAAAUAAGGACCUUGCCGAAUUUGAAUAUUGCAGUAUAAAGGCGAUAAACCGUACCUACAAAUACGUCUCGGGAAAGUUUAAGCAUUAUAAACUUCCAAUUAAGAGAAUCAAGGUUAAUUUUGGUCUGUACAAACGGUUUAAUGGAUACAAGCCCUUCCUUUACAAUCAAACUGUAGAUGCAUGCCUUUUUUUGAAAAAUCAGAAGUCAAAUCCUGUCGCUAAGUAUUUUUACGACUUUCUUAAGGGAGUCUCGAACUUGAACCAUACGUGUCCAUAUAAUCAUGAUGUUGUUAUCGAAAAACUUUCCACGGACAUCAUGAAUUACCAUCUUACGAAGGUACUAGCCUACCCUGAAGGCGAUUACUUAUUGGAGACGCAUUGGACUUUGAAUGACAUACGUUCCGCCGUAAUCCAAUUGUACGUGUCGGUUUUCUGA